UUUUUUUGGUUUCUUUUUUUGGGUUUUAUAUUUUCUUUUACAUUAUGAUGGUUAAUACAAUUUCUCGCAACAAUAGGGUAUGCGUAAGUUUCUGCAUCGCAGAGAAACUGAAAACGCAAUUGACGAUGCUAAGACGGACUUCUUCGAGUAUGAUUUUCCAGCAUUUACAAGGAGUAUGAAGAGAAAUAUAAAGAAAUUGUUGAGCGAUAGGAGAAGAUAUGGAAUUUGUAUCGUCCAAAAGACAUGUCUUGUCCAAAAAACAAGAUGUGAUCUGGAUCAAUCCUCGGCCACCACCAUCGGCGAGCGCAACCCAGGCAGCGGAAGCGGAGAAUCUGAAAACGCAGUCGUCGACCAGUAAUUUUGACAAAUAUGGGGAUGACUUAUUCAAGGGUAUGAAGAAGUUUCUGCAUCUCAAUGAAACUGAAAAUGGAAUUGACUUCUUCGAGUAUGAUUCCAGCAUUUACAAGGAGUAUGAAGAGAAAUAUAAAGAAAUUGUUUAGCGAUAUGAGGGUUUCAUUACCAUUCCGUGUCCAAGAUUUCAACGGUUGAAAAGGCUGCGAAGUUUGCUGUUGAAAAGCAUAACAAAAUGACGGGUGAAAAUAUAAUACUCUUAAUAGCUGUCAAUGCUAAUUUGCAACUUCGGUAUGAUGCUAAGGUUUUAGAUAUGACAUUGAAAACACUAGAUGGAGAUCAAAUAGUUUAUAAGGAAGCUAAAGUUUCUGAAUACUUUGGAUUUAAUCGCCCCAUUGAACUGGAUAUUUUCAGGAAUGCUAUCUGCUAUGAUAAAAUAAAAGAGUUGGAAUCAAACCUUGGACGUAACGCUGAUUCAUCCACUGAAGGGAGUGCACGAAGGCAACAGAAGUGCAGAUCAGAGAAUAUUUCCACUCAGAAGCGUGCUUUUUUCAAUGCUCAUAAGGAUGAGGAAUGGUUGAAAAAUAAAUAUCAUCCUACAAAUUUACUUCGCAUCUUUGAAAGGAGGAAUAGACAAGCUCAGGAGACUGCGAAGAAAUUUUUACUUUAUCUAUCAAAAGGAAUACUCGACUUGAGUCCUUGUGCCACUGCAUUCUAUUCAUCGAAACCAUGGCAGAAUAGUGAGCCGAACUCUUAUGAUAAAGCUGGAGAAAAAAACCGGAGACUUAAUAAAGGUCAAGACGAGGAAAGUGAAUUUUUGGCUGCACUAAAGGCCCACCCUGUCAGUUGUCUGCGUAGACGAAUACAAUCAGGUGAGAGAGUCCUCUAUGGAAUUGAACUUCUGGACACACUUCUUGCGUAUCUUUGGCGCAUCCAUGGUGUAAAUUAUUAUGGCAUGAUUGAAAGUGAUGAACCUUAGGUUUCAGGCAUGUGAGGCCAGAUGAUAAAAAUUAUGGAGAAACCAGUGAGUCUGGGGCUAAAGGUUUUAGGCAUGUGAGGCUAGAUGGUAAAGAUUAUGGAGAAACCAUUGAGUCUGGGGCUGAAUGGGAAAAGAAACUCGACACAUUUUGGCAAAAAUGGUUGUGCGGUCCGCAUUCCUUGGAGGCUAUGAUAUGCAAGGAGAAAAUUGAUGCUGCAGAUGUUGAAGCUUUAGAUCUAUACGUUAGGAAAAUAGCUGAAGAAAAUGAAGGAUGGUUGUGAAGCCAAGGAUUGUACAGAAAUUUUCGAUUCUGCUGAAUGUGUGCAUGAACAUUUGAAGCUGGAACACCCAGAACUUGUGAUGGAACCCACGUCAAAAGUGUGUCGGGAUCUAUAUUUCCAUAACUAUAUGAGUGAUCCGGAUGCUCCUGGUGGGACCCUCUAACAAUUGUAGAUUUCUCUUUUGGCACAAAGAUGAGCUAAAUAGUAGCAUCGAAGGCCUGGCGAUUCACUUUUAAGGUGUAUUUAAGUUCAUUUUUAACUUAAAUCUAUUUAGGUUCGAACGAUUUUUUUGUAUGGCAAACAUUUUUGAUGCCAUUGUCAUCAGCCAACUAUGAAUGUUCAUGUUUGAAUAUGUUAAGUAUUUGUUAGUUCCAAUAGUUUGUAGUUUUUAUUUUAUAAAUUUUUUGUUUUUAUUCACUUUAUUUUAUAUUUUUGGUCUUUCGGCC